UUUUGCUGUAUUGAUUCAUGAGUGUAUAUAAUCCUCUUGUUCUAAAUAGACCAAAACCCUAAUAGGGGUUCUUCUAGCAACCAAUCGCCGCCAAAUUCAUCGCUGUCAUCAACACUCUCAUUUUCAUCUCACUCCUAAAAAUUUCACCCUUUACAUCACUCUCUCAUUUCCCACAAUUUAUCACCUCAAUUUCGUUCAUCAAGACUAGAUUUUUAUCAUCAAUUUCAUAUCAGCAAUUAUGGAAUUAAGCAUAAAAUUCUCAAAUUCUCAAUACCCUUUUGAUGAUUGAUUCUUCGAACAUAGUUUAGUUCCAGCUCGUAGCGUUGUUGGGGUUAUUUAACGGUUGAGGGUAGUGAUGGGUAGUGAUCAAGUUUGAGAUUUUGAAGUGAAAAAAAAAUGUUGUCUGAUAUGGGUAGGAGGCCAGUGAUUGGUGGUGGUAAUGAGGGUUCGUUUGGAGAUGAAUUUGAAAAGGAAAUAGGGAUGUUGCUUCGCGAUCAACGGCGUCAUGAGGUUGAUGAUCAUGAACCUGAACUUAAUAUGUAUAGGAGUGGAUCAGCUCCUCCAACUGUGGAGGGUUCGUUGAGUGCAGUUGGAGGGUUGUUUGGAGGUGGUUCUACUGCUGCUGCUGCAGUUUCAGAGUUUUCUGGGAAUGGUUUUGGUUCUGAAGAAGAGCUUAGGUCUGAUCCAGCUUAUCUUCAAUAUUAUUACUCUAAUGUGAAUUUGAAUCCCAGACUUCCUCCUCCUUUGCUAUCAAAGGAGGAUUGGAGGUUUUCGCAGAGACUAAAAGGUGGAGCUUCUGCAAUUGGUGGAAUUGGAGAUAGGAGGAAGGUUAAUGGAGCUGAUGAGAAUGGUGGAAGAGCGGUGUUUGCUACACCUCCGGGUUUUAACAAUAGGAAAAGAGAGACUGAGGUUGUGGCUGAUGAGAAAAUUAGAGGUUCUGCUGAGUGGGGUGGCGAUGGACUCAUUGGUUUGCCAGGACUAGGUCUUGGGACUAAACAAAAGAGCCUUGCAGAAAUUUUUCAGGAUGACAUGGGACAUAACACCUCUGUCACGGGCUUUCCGUCUCGUCCAGCCAGUCGCAACACAUUUGAUGAAAAUGUUGAGAUUACAUCCUCUGCAGAAGCAGAGCUGGCUCAUUUGCGCCAUGAUUCCUCAGCCACUGAUGGUUUGAGAUUUGGAUCAAAUGUUCAGGGGUCACCUGCAUCCCAAAAUGCUGGUCCACAGGUUUCAUAUUCUUAUGCUGCUGCACUUGGUGGUUCUUCCCUAUCACGAAGCACUACUCCUGAUCCACAACACGUUGCUAGGGCUCCCAGUCCUUGCCCCACACCUAUUGGUAGUGGGAGAGUUGUUGCUGCUGAGAAGAGAGGUAUUACCAGUCCUGAUGUCUCUGGCAUCAAUGGGUCUGCAGAUAUUGCAUCUGCAUUGUCUGGCAUGAAUUUGUCAACAGAUGACGCGCUAGAAGGUGAUAACCAUUUCCCAUCACAAGUUGAGUCCGAUGUUAAUAAUUAUCAAAGAUAUCUUUUUGGUAUGCAAGGUGGUCAGGAUCAUGGCAAGCAGCACGCAUAUUUAAAGAAGGCUGAAUCAGGACACAUGCCGAAAACAGCUCACUCUGAUUCAGGUAAGAGAAGUGGAAGCGGGUCAGACAUGAGAAGUCCAUCCUUGGAUAGGCAGGUUGAGCAUCAAAAGUCUGCCGUUUCUCCCAACAACUUGUAUUUCAAUGGAUCACCUGGCUCCCCUUAUAGUGGUGGAGGUGGUUUGCCUGCACAAUACCAGCCUUCAGAUGGUUCUAAUUCACCAUUUAAUAACUAUGGCCUGAGUGGUGGGUAUGCUGGAAAUCCUGCUGUGGCAUCCUUCAUGGCUAACCAACUUGGAACUGGUAAUAUGCCACCCCUGUUUGAAAACGUUGCUGCAGCAUCAGCUAUGGUGUCCCCUGGAAUGGACUCAAGAAUUCUUGGAGGUGGUUUGCCCUCUGGAGUUGCUUCUCCAUCUGAUGUGCAUGUUCUCAGUAGAAUGGGAAAUCAAAUUGCAGGCGGUGCUCUUCAGUCUCCUUAUGUUGAUCCGAUGUAUCUUCAGUACAUGAGGACACCCGAGUAUGCUGCUGCACAACUUGCUGCUCUUAACGACCCAUCUGUAGACAGGAAUUACUUGGGCAACUCAUAUAUGAAUUUACUUGAGCUUCAAAAAGCUUAUCUUGGAUCUCUGCUUUCACCUCAGAAGUCACAAUACAAUGUUCCAUUGGGUGGUAAAUCCGGUGGUUCCAACCAUCAUGGAUAUUAUGGAAAUCCUACAUAUGGUGUUGGUUUGUCUUAUCCAGGAAGUCCAAUGGCAAACUCUUUAUCCACUUCUCCAGUUGGAUCUGGCAGUCCUAUUAGGCACAAUGACCUGAAUAUGCAUUUUGCUUCUGGAAUGAGGAAUGUAGCUGGGGUCAUGGCACCAUGGCACCUAGAUGCUGUAAACGUAGAUGAAAACUUUGCUUCGUCUCUGUUGGAAGAGUUUAAAAGCAAUAAAACAAAGUGCUUUGAGCUUUCUGAAAUUUCUGGUCAUGUUGUUGAAUUCAGUGCUGAUCAAUAUGGUAGCCGGUUUAUUCAACAAAAGCUUGAAACAGCAACCACUGAAGAAAAGAAUAUGGUUUAUCAGGAAAUCACGCCACAUGCUCUUGCUUUGAUGACUGAUGUCUUUGGUAAUUAUGUGGUUCAGAAGUUUUUUGAGCAUGGACUUGCAUCCCAGAGAAGAGAGUUGGCCAACAAGCUUUAUGGCCAUGUUCUGACACUUAGCCUUCAAAUGUAUGGUUGUCGAGUCAUCCAGAAGGCCAUAGAAGUUGUUGAUCUGGACCAGAAGAUUAAAAUGGUUCAAGAGCUUGAUGGUAAUAUCAUGCGCUGUGUACGAGAUCAGAAUGGUAACCAUGUCAUUCAGAAGUGUAUUGAAUGCGUACCUGAAGAUGCAAUUGAUUUUAUUAUCUCAACUUUUUUUGAUCAAGUUGUGACACUAUCUACCCAUCCAUAUGGUUGCCGGGUGAUACAGAGAGUAUUGGAGCACUGUGAAAAUCCUGACACACAACAAAAAGUUAUGGAUGAGAUUUUAGGAGCAGUUAGCAUGUUAGCCCAGGAUCAGUAUGGCAACUAUGUUGUCCAGCAUGUGCUUGAGCAUGGGAAACCUCAUGAGCGCUCUACAAUCAUCAAGGAAUUAGCAGGCAAUAUAGUUCAAAUGAGCCAGCAGAAGUUUGCCUCUAAUGUUGUGGAGAAGUGUUUGACCUUUGGAGGUCCUUCUGAACGCCUAUUGCUUGUAAAUGAGAUGCUUGGAACUACGGAUGAAAAUGAGCCUCUUCAGGCAAUGAUGAAAGAUCAGUUUGCUAAUUAUGUUGUACAAAAGGUGCUGGAGACUUGUGAUGACCAACAACGUGAGCUAAUUCUUUCUCGAAUUAAAGUUCAUUUGAAUGCAUUGAAAAAGUACACCUAUGGGAAACACAUUGUCGCUCGUGUAGAGAAACUUGUUGCUGCCGGAGAGAGGAGAAUUGCUGCUCAGUCUCCUCAUACUACUUAGGGGAGGGCGUAGAGUGUUUUCUGUACAGCUAACUGAGGCUAGUGUGAUCCCCUCCUUUGUUCUCCUGCAUCAAAGAGUUAUGUUUAUCUAUCUAUUUAUCUCUGUCUGUGAUGGAUAGUGGCCGAUUGGUAAUAAAAUUAUCGGUUUGUAAUUGAGAACUGUACAUUCUGUAGUUUAUACAUAGAUUUUAAGUGAGGUGAGGUUCAGAUGUGUGAUUAUGGUACACCUCUGAUGUCCCUGCAUGGAAGAUAAAAUGACCAUACAAUCAAGGUUUUUAAGGUGGUUGUAAAGUUUCAUAAAAACGGUGAGGUAGUUUAUAAGUUGACGAGACUGUACAAAAUGUUGCUAUGUGGAGAGCUGUGUCUAUGUUUAAUAUUAGGUGAGAGCAGAGUUUUUCUUUCAUGUAUGCUUGUUCACUUUAUUCCCCAAUUCUACAAGCUUAUAUUUGCGUUCACUA